CCAUUCCACUGGGCGUGUGAGCCGAAGGUGCGUCUGAAGGCGCUGUAGCCAUCAGCCCUCUGCCAGGCACAGAAGAUCAUCUUGGGGGAACUCAGGUGUGCGUUCCUGUGCGGCUGGGGAGGCCGGUGGGCUCGUUCAGUCCCAGCCUUGUGUUCACGUACAAGGAAUUACUUUUUCAUCGCUGCUGGCUGGGGAAAGAUGAAUUUCCUCAAGCUGAAGGAGCUAUCCAAUUCGGACCUUUACCGGCGCAGGCAGGAGCGACCGGAGAGCUACGGAGGCCACCUUGUUCAGGAUCCGUUCAGCAACAUGGCAAACGCCCUGGCAAAUGCCAUCUGCGAGCGCUGCAAAUACGGCUUUGCCCCGGCAGAGAAGAUCGUCAACAGCAACGGGCAGCUGUACCACCAGCAGUGCUUUGUGUGUGCACAGUGCUUCCAGCAGUUUCCCGACGGCCUCUUCUAUGAGUUUGAAGGCAGGAAGUACUGCGAGCAUGACUUCCAGAUGCUGUUCGCGCCCUGCUGUCACCAGUGUGGGGAGUUUAUCAUUGGCCGUGUCAUUAAGGCCAUGAACAACAGCUGGCAUCCCAACUGCUUCUGCUGCGACAUCUGCCAGACGGUGCUGGCCGACGUGGGCUUUGUUAAGAAUGCCGGCAGGCACCUGUGCCGCCCAUGUCACAACCGGGAGAAGGCGCGAGGCCUGGGCAAGUACAUCUGCCAGAAAUGCCACGCCAUCAUCGAGGAACAGCCGCUCAUCUUCAAGAACGACCCGUACCACCCCGACCAUUUUAACUGCACCAACUGCGGUAAGGAGCUGACUUCCGAUGCCCGGGAGUUGAAGGGAGAACUGUACUGCCUGCCCUGUCAUGACAAAAUGGGGGUGCCCAUCUGUGGAGCUUGCCGUAGGCCCAUCGAGGAGCGGGUGGUGAAUGCCAUGGGCAAGCAGUGGCAUGUGGAGCAUUUCGUGUGUGCAAAGUGUGAGAAACCAUUCCUCGGACAUCGUCACUAUGAAAGAAAAGGAUUGGCUUACUGUGAGACACAUUACAAUCAGCUCUUUGGUGAUGUCUGCUAUCACUGCAAUCGUGUGAUUGAGGGAGACGUGGUUUCUGCACUCAACAAGGCCUGGUGUAUUAACUGCUUUUCCUGCUCCACCUGCAACACCAAACUCACGCUCAAGGACAAAUUUGUGGAGGUGGACCUCAAGCCGGUGUGUAAGCACUGCUAUGAGCGAUUGCCCGAGGAGCUCAAGUUCCGUCUCGCUAAGCGGGAACGUGACACCAAAGACAAGAAGAAGAAAGCUGGCAUCUGUCUCUAAACCCUUCUGUCCCCAGCUUCUCAUGUCACAUCUUUGGAACAAGUUUGUGGAGUUUGACAUGAAGCCAGUGUGCAAGAAGUGCUAUGAGAAGUUCCCCCUGGAGCUGAAGAAACGGCUGAAGAAGCUUGCAGAAAUAUUAGGUCGGAAGUAAACUGCUACCUUCAAAGCGGGCUUCACUGACUAGCUUGGCUGCAAGCUCCUGUGAUGAUGAGCACAGCGCUGCAAUGUCAAUCAACUUUAACAAAAGGAGCACAUUUUUCAAGAUACACCUUUGCUGUGGAACAAAUAACAAUGGCUUUGUUUUCUCCAGUGCAUUGUAUCUUAUAGUACUUUUCAUUUGAACGUAUGCGUUUAUCUGAUCUGGAUGCAGUGACUAGUUGGUUGUGUGCAUACCACAAGCUUCCAAAAUAUGUCACUGGCCGAUGGAUGCAGCUAGUAAAUAUUAGCAAUAAUUUCUGUUACACUUUAAGAUUAGCUUAAAUAAGCACCUUAAAGACUGGUGUUUUUUAUGUAGCCUUCACUGUGGAGUAUUUGCAUGGUUCCAAUGGAUUAAAUGUUUAUUAUUGUUUAUGUCAUAUAAGUUAAAACCCUGUCUCUUUUUAAACCAAUAAAGUGACUUAAAAGCAAAUGCAAACAUGCAGUUUUUGCCAUAUAAGGAUUUCUAAGAGGUUCUAUAAAGUUCAGAGGAUUGUUAGAAAGAUGUGAUGCUAGGCUCAUUUUCCAAGCUGUGGUUCUGCCACUGAUAGUUGAAAUGUUACUUUUUGAUUCAAAAUUAAAACAUUCUUGUAAGUUUCUUUCUUGUCACAUAUCUUAUAUAAAUAAAAGAUAUUUCUACAUGA